AUUUUAAAAAACCGCACGCAUAAAAUUCAAAUAUUCACAUAUGUAUGUAAUUUUGUGUUCAUGUCAACAAAUUUGAAAGAAUCAUUCGCAUUAUGUUUGUAAAUUUGUCUACACACAACUAUGUAUGUAUGUAAAUAUGUAUACAGUGAAAUUCCCCAAGACGGACAGUCCUUAUAACCGGACAGCUCCAAUAACCGGACAAAUUUUGUGUACACAGGUUUUUCAAUAAUUUUUUCAUACAAAUAUCAUUCCAAUAAACGGACGCUCUAAUAACCGGACGCGGACACUGUAUUUCAAGCCAUUUCCAUGAAAAAAUGUCUCACAAACGGACAAAACUCAAAAACAUCGCAAGCAAGCUUUGUUGUUCAUUAUAAAAAUUAAAUAGGGGAUUCCCCUUUUAACAUGCAUGCACACAUUCAAGCUUUGUUGUUCAUUAUAAAAAUUAAAUAGGGGAUUCCCCUUUUAACAUGUAUGCACACAUUCAAGCCGUGCGUGUCAAGUAAAAUGUGGUUUUCUUCUCAGUUUGUCAAGUAAGUUGCAUGCGAGUGGUUGCAUUCAAAGUUGGUAGUAAUAUGGCACCGAAAAAGAAGCUACUUUCUAUUAAAGAGAAAAUGCAAAUUAUUAAUGUUUUCGAAAAAGAAAAGUUAUCAGUACGCGGAAUUGCAAAAAGGUAAAGUAUGGUGAGUCCAAAAUUUAACUUGUAGGUACACGUUUCCUUUGCUUUAAAAGGUUCAAUAUUGGCAAAACGCAAGCUGCUGAAAUUAAUAAAAAUAAAGAAAAAAUUCGUUCUAAAUGGGAGUCUGGAUCUAAUAUUCACCAAAAGCGAAGUUUCCUUAAAGAAGGCGGCUCGGAAAUAGACAGGAUGUGUUUUCAUUGGUUCGCUAAGGCUAGAAGUCAAAAAAUUCCGAUUUCUGGUCCCAUUUUGAAAGCAAAGGCAAUGGAAAUUGCAGGAAAACUGGGUGUACCUAAUUUUAAAGCUUCGGAUGGAUGGCUAAAUAAAUGGCGAUUAAGGAAUAAUGUUUCCUUCAAAUGCAUAUCUGGUGAAGCUGCAGAUGUGAAUCAGGAUGAUGUCGAACAGUUUCAGACAAAGCUGCAAACUCUGUUGAAUGGGUACAAGCCUGAAGACAUUUACAACGCCGAUGAGAGUGGGCUUUUCUUUCGUGUCUUACCGGACAAAACCCUCGCUUUUAAAUCUGAAAAAUGUAUGGGAGGUAAGCUAUCAAAGGAAAGACUCACAAUUUUGUUGUGUGCUAAUAUGGCUGGAGAUAAGGAGCCGCUUUUGGCUAUAGGGAAAGCAGUCCGUCCUCGAUCCUUUAAACAUGUUCCAAUUGCAAAACUUCCAGUGGAUUGAAAGUCUAAUAAAAAAGCAUGGAUGACUCGAGAAGUGAUGAGCGAAUGGAUGCAGCAGUUCAAUCGAAGAAUGAAAGCCCAGAAUCGAAAAAUUAUCUUGUUUCUAGAUAACGCGGCUUCUCAUCCAAAGAAAUUAGACUUGACCAACAUAAAAAUUUGUUUCUUGCCACCAAAUACAACGGCAGUUAGCCAACCCCUUGAUCAAGGUAUAAUCCAAAAUUUUAAAACUUUGUAUAGAAGCUUAGUUUUAAAACACUUGAUAACUAAAAUUGGCGAUACAAGUUCUGCCUCACUGGCAGUCUAUGCUAGGCUUCAGGAAGGACUAGGCAAAUGAUUUCGAAGGUUUCCUCCAAAUAGAUCAAAAUGUUUUCACUGAGGACAACAAUAUAGAAAUUCAAUUUGACCAACCAGAUGAUACUAUAGACUUAAGUGAUUCAGAAGAUGAACCUUCAGAAGAAAUAAGUGACCCCAUAACAUCAAAUGAUGAGGCUUUAAAACUUGUUGCGCGCUUGAAACAAUUUGCAAAAAAUGACUAUGCAGUUUUUCAGCAGGUUAAAAAUAUCGAGAGUCACUUUGAAAAUGAAAAUUUCAAAUCCAAGGAAUCAAUGUUAAAACAAACAAGCAUCACACAAUUUUUUUUAUCAAACUAGUCGAUAUUGAAAUGUAAAGACUUGUACAAUGUAUUUAAUGUAUUUAAUUGAUAUAUUUAUAUAUUAGUAUAUGUAAUACUAAAGUAUUUAAAUAUUCUUUACUUCAAAAAAUUUCUUAAAUAAGCUUCCCUUGCCGCUGUACAGCUUUGCCUACAAACCAGCGUAAAUAUGAAUGUUUGUGUGUGAGCUUUCAUACAUACAUACAUACAUAUAUUUGUUUCAACAGAAGCAUACACACUUUUACAAACACACAUCGCAUAUGAGCAAGCGCAAAAUCAACCCCUAUUCGUGUACAACGUGGCACGCGCAAGUCAAUAUGUCUUCUUUACAUAUUUGCAUACAUACAUUCCAUGCCAAGUACAGUCAAUCCCGGUUACGUGCCACAAUCAAACAUACAGAUUUUUGUGGUUUGUUAUAAUUAAAAAUAUAUUAUGGUACAUAAGCGAGUGUGGAUACUUAAGCGAGUGGUACUUAAAACAAUAAUUUCUAUGUAUUUAAAAAAAGAAAGCCCGUGAAAUGCAUCAAAAUAUAAUAUAGGCUGUAAAGAGUGAUGAGGGAGGGAUUUGAUUUUCAUUUAAGCGGAGUACUACUUAGCCGGGAUUGACUGUACACAUAAAUCAGAGGAAUAUUGAAUAUUUUCUUUGAAAAAUGUUUGAAAUUGAAAAUCGACAAAUAAACUAUGGUGGCAAUUUUAUUCUAGAUAUAUAUUUGCGGGGUUGUCAUUUUUUUCCAUAAAAUUUCAGAAAUAUAUUCAAUUUAUGAAUUUUAGCUUUUGAAAUCGUCGCGAAAAGACGAUUGUAGGCACGGCAUGCUCGGGGAGAUGUAAUGGCAUCUGCUUUUAUGAAUGAAUCGAAUAUGCUUUUUGAAAGUACGUUUGCGUUCAUGAAUGAAAACUUUGUUGUUGUGUAAUUUACUAUAAAUUUUGACGUCGGCAAUUUGGCUGCCAUAUUGGUUUCUGAUGCUUUUUCAAACGAUUGUCGUUUUUGUAGAACAAUAUUUGUAAUUUUUCGGGUGACAUAUCCACAUGUGAACGCAUGUAAGUAUGUAUGUUGUGUAUGCAUUGUUUGUGUGGGAAUGUUAUACGCACAUGUUUACAUGUGUACUCAUAUUGUAGGUAUGUACGUAUAAUGAUUUUUGAAACUAUUGUUGUUUUUCCAGAAGAAUGUUUGUAUUUUUUGAUUUACAUGCGUACGCAUACAUACAUAUAUUAUUUGUGUGAGAAUGUCAUACGCACAUACAUACAUAUGUGUGUACGUAAAUAUAGAGAAGCGCGCGCUUUUUAUAUUACUGAUAAAUGAUAAUAUCUUGAUUUGAAAUUGAUUUGUACUUGCAUACAUAUCUGCAGGAUAGAUGCGUAUGAAAGUUUUAAAUGAUAAGAGGUGUGAUUAAAUAUAAUUUUAUUAUAAUAUAUUAUGUUUUUAGGAUAUUCCGAUAAUAUUUCAUAUAUACUUAUAGCAUAUAUACAUACAUACAUGCAUACGAAAUUAUGUAAUAUUAUCAAAGAUAAGAAAUAUUUAAAAAUUAGCUUUUAUUUGGACAUUAACUAAAAUAUUACCUUGAAAAUAGCAUAGCGUUGAUAACGUUAUUAUUAAAUGUUAUCAAUUUUGCAUGAAUUCACAAAAAAUCGCAAAAAGAUAUUCAUAUCAAUUGAUAUGAUAGCAUAUAAACGUAUAAAAAUAUAAGCCAAAAGGCCAACAUGCGUAUGUAAAAGCAAUGUAUAUUUCAGAGCAUAAUUUUCACUGAAUUCUCAGCUCUGUUCACUUAUUUCUGUUAAAAUUUCUCCUGCCGAGCCAAAAGUGGUGAAAUCCACUAAUAGAAAAUUCAUGGCUCUUGACAGUUCACACGCUUGUCCGUAGUUGAACCUUCUCUAUAUUAUACGUUCUCUGAGUUGAAUAAUAGGGAACAAAACCAACUUUAUUAAAAACAAGUGUGUUUCUUUUCUUAUUUUGUUUUGCCGUGCGAAGCAGGCACCGGGCCCGCUAGUUAAAUAAUAAAUUUCUCAUUUCGUGUUUGUUUUUGGAUCCUCGUUUCCAACAUACUCUAACACCACAACAAAAAGUGAUGCAGUGAAUCAUUUAACAUCGAUAUGGGACAGAAUAAAUGACAUAAAUUCUACUGGACAGUUAUGCUCAACACCAAAUUCGGGCUCACAUCAAUCUGUGAACCAUUUUUUUGAUGAAGAAGAUGAAUUGUUAAACGCUUACUUAGAGCAAGGGAUCCAAACGGAAGUCAGUAGUACAUUCGACGUCUUUCCAAAGAAUCGAUGCAGACGUUCUCACAUUUUGGAAAGGAAAGCAGUGCACUGGCCAAGAGCUAUAUGCACUAAGUAAUGUUUGCUUUGCUGUACCACCAACUCAGGUACAUAUGUAUAUACAAAUCGUCGGCUUAACGUGCAAAGGUGCUAAGUCCACUUAUGGUCGAAAUUGAUAUUUUGAAGAGAUUCGAUAGAUAAAUAUAAAACACAUCAGCUACAAAAAAAAAAUUGGUUUACUUUAUUUUAAAGCUAUUUUGGGCAGUGGUGUGCAAAAGUGUUAAGUCCGCAACUGUCAAAUCGCGCGGGCUAAGUCCACAUGACAAUGUGAUUGCUGCCUAAAGUGUGAUUUGUGUUUUUUGCUAGGUAACACGGUAUAGCUGCUGUGUUAUUCGACACUUCGCUUAGAUGUUUUUUUGUGAUACUUGGGGUUGACGAAGCGGCAAUCGACGAAGCGGAAUCGCAGUAACGAGCAUUGCAGCAAUUAUGGCAAUGACGCAAAUGAUUGAUUCAAGUAUACAACUCCUGCAAGAAUGCGAAAUCGCGAAGAUAAACACAAGAGCAGAAGGAGUCGAACAUUUCAAUACCAUGUAAGAGUCGAGCAAAAAAGUGUUAAAGUUUACAGAAAAUUCUUCUUGAACAUUCUUAGCAUUGGCAGACGUACGGUGCUAAAUUGGGUUAAGCAGCCUACGAUUUCAAGAAACACUACACAGAACGCACCACAACAAAAUUGUAGCAUUGCACGUAAAUCUCUAAAUUCGUUUUUCAAUUCUCUGCCAACCAUGGAAUCACAUUACUGCCGUGCAACAACUCAAAAAAAAUAUCUUUUGCCAGAAUGGUCGUCAAAAAAACAACUCUUCGAAUUUUACGUAGAGGAUUGGUGUAAUGCACAUGGAAAACCCCCCCUCUCUAUUUCAGCAUUUUAUAACGCCUUAGCGGAUCAAAAGCUUGGUCUAUUCUUCCCUAAAAAAAAUCAGUGUGAAGUCUGUGCGUGACAUACCGUGGCAGAUAUUUUGGAUGACGUCUACAAUCUUCACCAAGCAAAAAAACAUGAAGCUAGGGAAGAGAAACAAAAGGACAAAAUCGAAGAAGCCUUCGUGUUUAAUAUUGAUCUGCAAGCUGUCUUAAUGGCACCAAAAUCCUAAGUAAGCAGCCUUUAUUAUAGAGGUGGAGAAACAUCGAUGCGAACAUCGUAGACAUCGAUGCUUAGCUGGGCAAAAUCGAUGUUUUUCCAUCUCUAAGGCACAUAGAGGAAGACAGUCAAAUUGUAAGUACAUAUAUCAUUUAAUCUCAUUAUAAAUUAUUAACAGAAUAUUAUUAUUUUAGUUAUACUUGUUGGUGGUGUUGGCGUGAAUGCGAUUCUACUCAAACAUGGACAGGUUUAUGAAAAGAACAGCAAGCGAACAGCCAAAGCCUGAUGAGGAUCAAAAGGAGAGGAGGCGUGAUGUUUCUAUAGCUUGGGAUCAUUUUAAAAGAAACAGCGAAAAAACGCAUGGGAUAUGCAAUUACUGUGGUAAACCAAUAAAGACGUGUGGAAACACAACAAAUCUAAUGGACCACUUAAAGCACGUUCAUGCUGAUCGGCUUAAAGUUGGGGGAAGUGCACAGAAACCAAACAUCUUAGAAAAGUUUGUUGGAAAAUCGGUUUCCUUUUAUGAAAAUUACUCCAAUCGAAAACGUCUCCUAGACAGUAAGGUCAUGAACAUGAUUGCUGUCGAUGUUCAACCUUUUUCUUGUGUGGAGGACGACGGAUUUAAAGAGCUCAUGAAAGAAAUGGACCCCCGCUACAGGUUACCUAGUAGGUCACACCUGCGCGACGUAGUGCUUCCAUCUCAAUAUGAGUCUCUUAAGAAUAAACUCCAGUCUGUACUUAACGAUAUUGAUUUUGUGGCCAUAACGUCUGACUUGUGGACAUCCAAAGCAAACGAAGGUUACAUUACAGUUACGUGCCAUUUUGUUUUAAAUAGUUUUACGUUGGAGUCGGCAAUUUUAGCAACAAGGCAACUUCUUGACACUACCAAUCACAAUGCUAUUAAUAUUUCUGAAACACUAAAGGACGUGCUUGAUGAUUGAGGUGUCGCGAAUAAGGUUGUUUGUGUUGUGACUGACAAUGAUGCGAAGAUGCUAAAAGCAUGUGAGUUGCUUGAGUAUAAGCACUUGCCUUGUGUAGCGCACACAAUCAACCUUAUUGUGCAAGAUGUUCUAAAAUUGCCCGAUUUCGACGUAAUUCUUACAAAAUGUAAGUCGGUAGUUGGCUUUUUUAAGAGAAGCCAGAUCGCAUAUUCGAAAUUUAAGGAAGCUCAGGGGGACAAUCCGCAUUCUCUUCUGCAAGAAAUGCCAACUCGCUGGAACAGCGCAUAUGAAAUGAUUAAGCGCAUACUGAAGACAAACGAAUUUAUUACAUUAGCUUUGGUAUCUUCUCGUGGCGCUCCAUUGCCGUUUUCAGCUGCAGAAGUGGAUAUUUUAAAUGAUAUUUCCGAGUUGCUAUCCCCCUUCGAAGAGGCGACGCUUUCUGUGUUUACAAAGACAAAAGUAUCGGCGUCCAUAAUUAUCCCUGUCAUAUGUGAACUGAAUCAUAAAAUAAACAAUAUUAAAGUCAACACAGAAAAAGGAAAAAACAUAUUGACGACCAUCAAGUUUAGUCUUACCAAGAGGCUCGCAAGCUAUGAAACACGCACAAUACCACGAAUUGCUACCAUACUAGAUCCCCGAUUUAAGAAACACGGAUUUUGUAAUCCCUUUAAUGCGGAAGAAGGUGUCAAAGCUGUGCAGCAUGAACUGUUUACACAACUACCUGCAAACCCACUACAUCCGCCAACAUCACCAACACAGGAACCAAGCCGAUUUUCAUUUCUACAAGUCAAAAGCCAAAACAAGGUGCACUCUUCCUGGGCAGAUGCCAUUAUCCUUAUGAGACAGCCUCUUGAAAAGGAGAACCAGCCGGAAAAAUGUGACCCUCUUGCGUACUGGCAGAUUACUACAGAUGGCGACACGUUUAAAACGUUAGCUAAAAAAUACUUCUGCGCUCCCGCAUCUUCGUGCGAAUCUGAAAGAGUUUUCAGUAAAGCUGGACAACUUAUAAGUGAGCGUCGCACGCGGCUAUCAUCGACCGUUGUCGAUAAGCCCCUCUUCUUAAACAAAAACAAACAUGUAAAUAAUAAGUAAAUAUAUGUAUAUAGUAGAGUUCGGGAUAGUAAGUAAGGAUAGUAUGUAAGGAUAGUAAAAUAAGCAAUAGUAUAGUAGGGAUAGCACAAUAUCUUAAAGAACUAAUAUUUUCUUUAGACCAUGUAUAUAGGAAAAUAUACCAAAGAAGUGGAACAUGAAUAUCAUAAACAAUUUUAUUUUAAUUUGUUUUUCGUUUUCUUUUUUAUUUGAUAAGUGAUUAAUAAAAUGUAUAUUUUUUGUUGAAAAAUUGACUUUUAAUUUUUAAACAUCACAAAUAAAAAUAUAGUUCAAAUAAACUAAAAUAACUGCUAAUUUUUUUUAUUUAAAAUGUCGAUGUUUCAUCGAUGUUUUCGCUAAAAACAUCGAAAAAAUCGAUGCCCGUGAACAUCGAUGUUUCUCCACCUCUACUUUAUUACCACACGAAGUUGCAAGUCCACAAUUUGGUGUUUUACAAUUUGAUAAAUCAUGAUGCUCAUUGCUUCAUAUGGAACGAAGUAGAAGGUGGAUUAUCUGCCGAAGAAUUUGCUAGCUUUUGGGUGUACUUCAUCGAGAAUAAAAUAAUUCCAAAUCUUACCGCGAAUGCAGCGGCUACGAAAAUUAUUGUUAAUGUUCCAGCAGAGUAUAUUCAAAUAUGUCAGAAUGCUCGAAAGAAACCUACACCUUAUAUGGUAGAGUAUUGGGAUCAUACUUUUUUCAAAUGUUUCAAGGGCAUACAAUUUUUAAAAACAAUUCGUCCUGGUCGCGGAAAGGGUGAAUCAAAAGUCACCGAUAUUCGUGCGAAAAGGGAAAUAUUUUAUAAAUUGAGUUUUCUCGAGCCAUGGAGCUAUUUACAACAAAGAGUGGACAGAAGUGUUGUGCCAACGGAUUGGUCUAAUUUGCCACAGCUUCACCAAGAAAGAAGAAAAUUAACAGCAAGAAAAUACGCAGAUUUGCAAUAUUUAAAAACUUGUUUGCCAAGAGACUACCAUCAAUAUUAUGACGAUCUGCCACAUGAGUGAUAUCUUCUUAAUUUUUAAUAUAUUUUUUUGUUUUGCUUAAUUUAUAAUUUCCAAACAGCAAUGAAUUAAGACUGAACUGAUAUAUUAACUUUUUGUGAUACCUUAAAGUUUAAGGCUUAAACAAAGAUUUUCCAUUUAAGUACUUAUGUAUUCCUUUAAACGACAGCAACGAAGUAAGACGGUAUAAUAUUUUUUUGUGAUAAUAAAAUACGCCAUUUGCAAAAAAAACUACAAUAUUUCUUUUUCGAAAAUGUGCUAAGUCCAAUACAUCCAAGUGCAAAUAACUCCAGAAAAUGUGCUAAAUUCAAAAAAGCCUAUAUAAAGGCGCUCAUUAAAUUUUUUAUUAUAUUUUUUUUUUGUACUUAAAUGAAAUAUCACAGUUGACAAAGCUGCGUUAGAAAAAUAAAAAAAAAUUUUGAACUUCACUUUUUAUUCAGUUUUUUUUUGUUUUAUUUAAUAAUUCAAAAAUGGCACUUAGCACCUUUGCACGUUAAGCCGACGAAAUGUUGUAAUAAAUUAAUGUUCACAGUUUCAUAAAUACA